AACAACAGCUCUGGGGUCAGAGGAGUGGGAGUCAAAUGUACGCCAUGCUGAUUGCGCAGAAAGGAUUAUUGGAUGUCCCUCCCAUUACUUCAGUACCGUGUCCGCUGCACUCCAAGCCCCCCGAUCGUCGCAUGACUAUGGAGGUUAGUUGCGCCUCAUAUGACAGUUAGUACUAGGAGUGACGUCUCUUGAAUCUAAGCGACAAAACUCCGUCGCAAAUUUGCCCCUCCAUUUAUCAGCAAGCUCCCCUACAUUACGCCCCCCGCCUCCUGCGGAAAGACUACUGCUGCCUUUUCAGCUUUACCAGCCAAAGCAUUCAAAUUAGUGCAACAACGUCCACCAACUAGUGUUACUGGAGCCAAGUUGAAACAGCCAGACCGCCAAGAUGGUGCUCGCAAAGUCAAAGAAGUCGGUUGGCCUUGGCAACCAGUUGAUGAAGGACCGGUUUGGCAAGGGCAAGGGCGGCGACCGGAAGCGAGUCGGGGCAGUUACGCGUGUCGACCACUCAACCGGUCAGGAGUACAUCACCAACGACCGAGAGGAAGCAUCAUGGGUCAAGAUGCGGUCCGUCACCGAGCAGGGUGCCUUGGACGAGUUCUUGGCCACUGCCGAGCUCGCCGGGACUGAUUUCACGGCCGAGAAGAUCAACAACGUCAAGAUCAUCCACGCGGACCAGCGGAAUCCCUACCUUCUCUCGGCGGCUGAGGAGAGAGCAGUGCUGGGAAAGCAGAAGGAACACAAGGCCCGUCUCACAGUGCCGCGGAGACCGCAUUGGGAUGCGUCGACAACGCGCGAGGAACUGGACCGUCUUGAGCGCGACAGUUUUCUAGAAUGGCGAAAGGGGCUUGCAGAGCUUCAGGAGACCCAGGAUCUGCUGAUGACGCCGUUCGAGAGGAACCUGGAGGUCUGGAGGCAGCUCUGGAGAGUCAUCGAGCGCUCCGACGUGGUUGUGCAAAUUGUCGAUGCUAGGAACCCGCUCAUGUUCCGGUCCGAAGAUCUCGAGGCAUAUGUCAAGGAUGUCGACCCUAAAAAGCAAAACCUGCUGCUCAUCAACAAGGCGGACAUGAUGACGUACAAGCAAAGGAAAGCGUGGGCAAACUACCUGAAGGGUGCCGGUAUCGCCUAUCGGUUCUUCUCGGCCCACCUGGCCAAGGAAAUGCUUGAGGCUCAGGAAUCUGAAAGCGAGGACGAGAGCGAGGAGGCUGGCCCCAGCGAGGCCGGUGCACCAUUGAAACAGAGGGAGUCGGACCAAGAAAGCGAGGAGGGUUCAGACGAAGAGGGUGUCGAGCAACGGGAGGACGCUAGUGAGGCAGACACUCGGAUCUUGACCGUGGACGAACUGGAGAGCAUGCUCCUCCAGUACGCGCCAAAAGACGCAGACCCUGAUCGGAAACUCCAGGUCGGGUUGGUGGGCUAUCCCAAUGUUGGAAAGUCGUCGACCAUCAACGCGCUCAUCGGAGCGAAGAAGGUGUCAGUCUCGUCGACUCCCGGCAAGACAAAACACUUCCAGACCAUCCAUCUCAGCGACAAGGUCAUCCUGUGCGAUUGCCCGGGUCUCGUGUUCCCGAACUUUGCCAGUACCAAGGCAGAACUUGUUUGCAACGGUGUGCUUCCCAUCGACCAACUGCGGGAGUACAGCGGGCCAGCUGCCCUGGUGGCGCGCAGGAUCCCAAAAGCCUUCCUGGAGGCCGUCUACGGUAUCCAGAUACGUACCCGUCCGUUAGAGGAAGGAGGAACCGGAAUCCCUACCGGCGAGGAGUUGCUUAGCGCAUACGCCCGUCGGAGAGGUUUCAUGACCCAGGGACUUGGCCAGCCAGAUCAGUCAAGAGCGGCGAGGUAUGUGCUCAAGGACUACGUCAACGGCAAGCUGCUCUACGUCGAGCCGCCUCCCGGAAUCAGUGAUCCCGAAGAGUUCAACCACGAGCUCUACGACAUGUCACAGCUUCCAGCCAAGAGACGGGCGGCUCUCGUCACCGCGAUGGAGGAGAUGUCGGUUGAAGGCGAUGACACCGCAUCCCUCCUGUCCGACAUGGUUCCCGUCCCGCAGGGUGCCAAGUCGCAGAACCUGGACAAGGCCUUCUUCAAGGCCGGCCAGGGUAGCGCCGGGCAUAUGUCAAUGCCGUUCAACUACAAAUAUUCGCAGCAGGGGAUGACAGCAACCGCAGGGAAGCAGCUGAGCGGGCGGAAGUUGCGGACGAUGGUGGCACUCGAGAAAGGGAUUGAUCCCAAGGAUGUGCAAUUGGUGACAGGGAAGAAGCAUUUCAAGGGCAGACAGAAGGGGAGGGGAAAGCACCGGACUGAUGCUGACGAGGAGGACUAUCGUCCUUAAACUUUUGGUGAGGCGCAUGGCUCGGUCAGAAUCCACGAUGACCUGUCCGAAUAGAAUACAGUACGGAGUAGAGAUGGCACGAAUUGAGGUGAAUGGGCUCCAGCAUUGCUGAAUUGAUCUUUGAACCACGGUUGAGGUAGUAUCUAUCUCUCGGAUACACCCAAAUCAGUAAACAAACAGGUUCCAAGUUUACUUCGAAGGGCUUCAAGAAGCAGUUGAUGUAUUCGCAGUUAAGCC